CAACGCACCCCACGCCAAACUCACACACAAAAGCUAGCUAGCCACAAUGGCCAAGCCUCGUGGUAAGCUUGCAGCAGUAGUGCACUUGCUGUUCUGCUGCAUUAUUGCCCUGGCAUUCGGCGUUCCCGCUACCGCCGCCGUGUCCCCUGCUCCUGGUCUGGCUCCGGCUCCGGCAAAGGUGAUCAACGCGACGUGGGACGUGGAGUAUAUCCUGUGGGCGCCUGACUGCCAGCAGCGCGUGAUGAUCGGGAUCAACGGCGAGUUCCCCGGGCCGACCAUCCGAGCCCGCGCCGGCGACAUCGUCAGCGUCACCGUCCGGAACAAGCUGCACACCGAGGGGCUCGUCAUCCACUGGCACGGAAUGAGACAGUUCGGUACACCGUGGGCGGACGGGACGGCGUCAAUAUCCCAGUGCGCCAUCACCGCCGGGGAGACCUUCACCUACGAGUUCGUCGCCGACAAGCCUGGGACGUACUUCUACCACGGGCACUUUGGGAUGCAGAGGGCGGCGGGGCUGUACGGGUCGCUGAUCGUGGACGCCACGGAGGAGCAAGGGGAGCCGUACCGGAAGGACUACGACGGCGAGCUCAACAUGCUCCUCAGCGACUGGUACCACGAGAACGUGUACGCGCAGUCCGCGGGACUUGACCUCAAGGACAAGCACUUCCAGUGGAUCGGCGAGCCUCAGACGAUCCUGAUCAACGGGAGGGGGCAGUACGAGUGCAUGCUGGGGUCCGUGAGCCGUUACCACGGGGCCAUACCCACAGGCCGGAAAGCCAAGACCUGCGACCGGCCGGGCUCCUUCUGGUUCUGGUGGAAUCAGCCGUGCCGCGACGUGGACAAGUGCGAGAGGCGAAGCGAGUGCGGGCCGCACUGCCCCCGGAGCCAGUGCGCCCCCGUCGUCUUCGCCGUGGAGCCAGGGAAGACCUACAGGCUCAGGAUCGCCAGCACCACCACGCUCUCCGCUCUCAACGUGCAGGUCCAAGGGCAUGAGCUGGUGGUGGUGGAGGCGGACGGCAACCACGUGGAGCCGUUCGCGGUGAAGGACCUCGACAUCUACUCCGGCGAGAGCUACUCCGUGCUCCUCAAGACGGACAAGAACCCAUCCUCCUACUGGAUCUCCGUGGGCGUCAGAGGACGGGAGCCCAAGACGCUCCCGGCCACGGCCUUGCUAAACUACACCAACAGCAGAUCCGAAUGGCCGACGGGCCGUUUCGCCUCGCCUCCGGAGACUCCCGCGUGGGACGACCUGAAGCGGAGCAAGGACUUCACCUACAAGAUCAAAGCCCGGAACGAGACCAACGAACCGCCGCCGCCGAAGGCUUACAGGACGAUCGUGAUGCUCAACACGCAGGCCCUGGUGGGCGGGCACGUGAAAUGGUCCGUCAACAACGUGUCCCUGGCGCUCCCCGCCACGCCGUACCUCGGGGCGUACUACUACGGGCUCCAGGGCAGCGCGUUCGACGCGUCGGAGCAGGCGCCGGAGGGGUUCCCGGAGGAGUACGACGUGGAGAAGCCGCCGGAGCAGAACGGGUACGAGACGAAGCUGAGCGACCGGGUGUACGAGGUGGCGCACGGGGCCGUGGUGGACGUGGUGCUGCAGAACGCGGACAUGAGGAGGGACAACGACAGCGAGACCCACCCGUGGCACCUCCACGGGCACGACUUCUGGGUGCUGGGCUACGGGGAAGGGCGGUACACCGGGAAGGAGGAGCAGCUCAACACGGCCGACCCGCCGCUACGGAACACGGUCGUGGUGUUCCCGCACGGGUGGACGGCGCUCAGGUUCGUGGCAAACAACACGGGGGCAUGGGCGUUCCACUGCCACAUCGAGCCGCACCUCCACAUGGGCAUGGGCGCCGUCUUCGUCGAGGGCGUCGAUCGGAUGCGUGACCUCAAAGUGCCCAGGGACGCCGUCAUGUGCGGCGUCGUCAGGACGGCGGCACAUCACCUGUCUCCAGCUAUGCCGACCUCACCGUCACCAGCGCCGGCACCGGGGCUGGCACCUUGACAUGGAAACGUUCCUCCAUCCUCGCAUGCCCGUUCCAGUAUAGUUUGUGGUAACUUGUGAUUGUCAAAUGCAGAACAAGGCCACCUGAGGAUAUGAUAAGUUGUUAACUGUUUAACAAUGUGCUUGUUAAAUAAAGAAGUAACAGGGUUGCUUUGUGAUGAUUUUAUGGCA